GGAACAGAGACGGCAGGCAGACCCCGAGAGAGCCGGCCCCCCCCGGCGGCCCCCCCACCCUCCUGCCAGACUGCCACUUUUACAGGAGGAGAGAAAGGAAAGAGCUGUCGCACGGGAGAUUCGCAGCCCAGCCAUGAGCAGCGGGAAAGCUGUGAGGUCACAGGAGUAGCUCGCGGCGCCCUUGUAUACCGCCCGUCCAGCACGCGGUGCUUCGCCGGCCCCCGUACGUGAAAGGAGUAGGGGGGGACUACUGUUAUUUCCUGACUGAUAACACUGCGUGAGAGCCGCCCCGCCGCACAAGCACCGGCCCGCCACGGAGAUGUCCUUCGCCAUGGUGCGCCCGGCGCCUGGCCGCUUCCUUUACGCCGAGAUCAACAUGCUCUCCGAGGACGAGGAGAACGGCAGCGAGAGCUCGGGCUCUGACGACAAGUCCUUCCGGAUGGAUGGCUCCGGGUACGAGCUUAAGGUGGGCAGGAAGAGGAAGUCGGCAGCGAGCCGGCUGGUGGUACCACAGUUGCAGCUGGGCGAAGGCCGGCAACGGAAUGCAGCCAACGCCCGCGAGCGCGAUCGCACCAACAGCGUCAACACGGCCUUCAGCGCCCUGCGCACGCUCAUCCCCACCGAGCCGGCCGACCGCAAGCUCUCCAAGAUCGAGACGCUGCGCCUGGCGUCCAGCUACAUCUCACACCUGGGCAACGUGCUGCUGGUGGGCGAGGCGUGCGGAGACGGGCAGCCCUGCCAUACCUCCUCCUCCUACUUCCACCACGGCUCCCCGGGGCGGGACGCCGACAUCUCCCAGCCCAAGCAAAUCUGCACCUUCUGCCUCAGCAACCAGCGGAAGAUGAGCAAAGACAGAGAACGGAGAACAGCGCUGAGGAGUUAAUGACAAGACGCACGGCCAGCCAGCGAGGGACUGCAUCAGGACGCCGGCACUGUGGAGGAGGCGCACAGACGUCCACCGGUUGUAUAUAUGCAAAUAUAAAUAUAUAAAUAUUUAAAUACAUAAUACAAACUCCUGAACGCAACUGUGUAGCGAAGCAAUCAGCCAGUGGAUGGCCUGCACAUCGGACUUCCCGGACUGGGAGACAGCUGCGGACGGCCAGAUCCCGUUAACGUUCGUACUUUGGUGUAUUAUUAAAGAAGCCCCCUCAUCCCCCCACGCAGCUUCACCAUGCCUUCCAGCGCUUAUCGAGUAAAUGUGAAAAGACAGCGAGUCGAAGGCUUUGAUCCACGAACUCCAGAAAAGGUUCCUUCCACAGACGUGCGUGGAAACGCAUUAAAAAAAAUAAAAAGAAAAAAGCGUCGGCCUCGGACCUAGAGGUAAAAUGCUAAAUUAAGAGACGGAUGCAGGAUGGUGUUUCCACGUGGAGGGAUCUGCGCCGCGCCGCGUGUGACGGCCAGCAGGAGGCCUUGGGGAGGCGCUCACAGGCAGACCAAGUGGGACAUGAAAGCCCCCUACCCCCAGCAGCCCUCCCACACACCGCUUCCCGGCAAAUAACAACUAAAAUCCUGUUAUCCGGUAUUAAUGGGUUUGUACUCAUCAAAAUAAAGAUGCAUUAUCUCUGCCGUCCCCCGAGGAAUAAAGUCCAUCCGUCGUCAUUCCCAUGUC